AUAUAGAUAUAAAAUAUAGAUGAUAUAGAUAUAUACAAUAGAUGUAGAUAUAGAUCUGUUCAGUGCAAUGUUUUAGAUUCAUUCCCCAACGUUCCUUCCUUCAGCCCCUGGAAGUAAAUCUCUUUUUCUUCCAGGUUGGUGUGGAGAAAGCAAUACCUAUUUUGUUGUUGUUGUGUCCAUGUGUUUCUGUCAACUACCGUUCUUGUUUUGGUCUCACUGUCUUUGCGAAGCCUCAGAGCAUGUAAGGCCGGUUUCUAAAAUCAGGAUCAGGCUGGUUAGAUGGGAGCAGAGCCGAACUAUUUCGGGUUUGUGGAAUAAGCAGGGAGGACUCCAAAAUAAAAUAAUCUGAAAAGCAGCUCGGUGCUGUUGCCAGAAAGAAAACAACACAAGGGGGUGUAUAUCAAAUCUAGCUCAAGGGAGUCUUUGCUUUUAUACUGUAAGUCAGUUGGAAGAUUACUUUGCUUGGGAAAAGAAUGUUUCCAGAUUUAAUUUGGGGCCUCCCAACAAAUCCAAUUCUGCAUUAGCAGAAUGAAUGUAUUAGGCAUUAGGGGGAGACGACAGGCUAGAAAUCCCUACACCGAGGGUUGGAGGUUUAAGGAUGGGGAAGUUCGAAUGAGACAAAGCUCCAGAGAACUACAAACAAUUUUUGCAUAGAAAAGGUGACCACGGGGAGAUGCUGCGAUGGUCUGGGGGAAGAACCCUCCAGCCAGGACCGCAUUUUGGGAUGCGCCGCCGAGGGAAUGAGACGCGGCGCAGCUCGCCCCCAACCCUCGAGUCCAGCUGGCGGCGAGGCAAACGGAGCCGGCGGCCGGCUAUGGGGCAGCGAUCCAGCCCUGGGAGGAGAAGAGCCACCGGUCAGAGGACGCUGCCGAACGUCUUCAUUUUCCUGCUUUUCUUGGAACCGUUUAAUUGCUUUGCAAGCUACAGUCGGGCCAGUGAACUCUUCUACAGCAUCAAUGAAGGACUCCCCGCUGGGUUCCUCAUCGGGAAUCUAGCCCAGGAUUUACAACUGGCAGAGGGAGAAGGAAAGGGAAGAUUGGCGAGGAAACAGGAGGCCGACCAAUGGGGGAAGAGUCCUCUUUCCUUCAGCUUUGCCUCCCAAGGACUGGGAAGCCAAUACAUCAACCUGGACAAUCAGACAGGUAUCCUGUGUACCUCAGCGCAGGAAAUUGACCGAGAAACACUCUGCUUGGAGGAUAAUGUUGGCUCCACGGUGGUUUCGUCUUCGUCUUCUUCUCCACUUCCAUCCUCGGAGUCAUGCUUGCUCUUGCUAGACGUCCUGGUGUUACCCCAGGAGUAUUUCCGUCUGGUCAAGGUGAAGAUCGCCAUCCAUGACAUCAAUGAUAACGCACCCUGGUUCCCUGUGCCGCAAAUACACCUCUCCGUGCCUGAAAAUUCACCCGUCAAUACCCGGUUAGCUAUAGAGCAUCCGGCUGUGGAUCCGGAUAUGGGAACCAAUGGGGUGCAGACAUACCAACUCCAAGAAGAUUAUGGGGUUUUUACGUUGGACGUGGAGGAGAAUGAAAGUGGAGAAAGAACACCUUAUCUUAUUGUCAUGGGUGCCCUGGACAGGGAGGCCACCGACCAAUAUGUUACUCUUAUAAUUGCAGAGGAUGGUGGCAUUCCGCCGCUGGUGGGUAGUGCCACCCUCACCAUUGGCAUCGGUGACAUUAAUGACAACUGUCCCCAGUUCAAUGAGACUCAAAUCAGCAUCACCAUCUUUGGAAACUCUAGCAUUGGGUUGCACAUAGCUUCGGUCCAUGCUGUGGAUAUUGAUCACGGAAUCAAUGCUGAGAUAAGCUAUUCCUACAGCCAAAAAGUUUCUUUUCUGUCCCGCACCCUUUUCCGUCUUAACGAAAGUACGGGAGCGAUUAAGUUAUUCAAGAGGAUUACCGGUGACACACCUCUUCUGCAUCGGCUGAGUGUGUUGGCCAACGGUCCCGGUUGCAUCCCAGCGGUGAUAACGGUGUUGGUCUCCAUCAUCAAAGUCGCCAUGAGACCUCCUGAAGUCAUUCCUCGCUUUAUAGCUAACGAAGCAGAAGGGGUGGUUUACCUGAGAGAGCUGGAACCUAUCCACACACCCAUUGCUUUUUUUACAAUCAAGGACCCCGAUGAAAAAUAUAAAGUCGACUGCUAUUUGGAAGGGGAUGGCCCUUUCCAGCUGACUCCUUAUCAACCCUAUCGCAAUGAGUAUCUCUUGGAGACUACCAAGGCCUUGGAUUAUGAGGUGCAGCAGUUGUACGAGGUCUCGGUGGUUGCGUGGAAUACCGAGGGGUUUCAUGUGAAUAAAAUCAUCAAAGUGCAGGUUCUGGAUGAUAAUGACAACUCUCCCGUUUUCUCUGAAGCCUUGGUAGAAUUAUCGAUAGAGGAAAACAAUACCCCCCACGCAUUUUUGACCAAAUUCCAUGCCACGGAUGCUGACAGUGGAGAAAGAGGCCAAGUGUCCUACUUCCUUGGGCCCGAGGCGCCUUCCUAUUUUUCCUUAGACAAAGUUACUGGGAUCCUUACCGUUUCUACCCAGCUGGAUAGAGAAGAGCGUGAGAAAUACCGCUACACCGUCAGAGCUGUGGAUUCUGGCGUGCCCCCACGAGAAUCCAUCGCCACCGUGACCCUCUCUGUGUUGGAUAAAAAUGACAACAGCCCGAGAUUUAUCAACAAGGAUUUCAGUUUCUUCGUACCGGAGAAUUUCCCGGGCUUCGGAGAAAUUGGAGUUAUAAGUGUCACCGAUGCAGACGUUGGGCAAAACGGAUGGGUAGCCCUUUCUGUGGUCAACAGGAGCGAUAUUUUUGUGAUUGACACUGGCAAAGGUGUGUUGAGAGCCAAGGUCUCUCUCGACAGGGAACAGCAGAGCUCCUACGUCUUGUGGGUUGAAGCAGUGGAUGGGGGUGACCCGCCUUUGUCCUCGACGGCUAAAAUCACUAUCCUUUUAUUAGACAUAAAUGAUAACCCCCCCUUAGUUUUGUUCCCCCAGUCUAACAUGUCUUACCUUCUAGUCCUUCCUUCCACAUUGCCCGGAUCUCCUAUCACAGAAGUCUAUGCUAUAGAUAACGAUACCGGCAUGAAUGCUGUUAUCGCCUACAGCAUUAUCGGGAGGAGAGGCCCUCGGCCGGAGUCCUUCAAGAUCGACCCCAAAACAGGCAACAUCACCUUGGAAGAGUCGCUCAUGCAAAACGAUUAUGGCCUGUACCGCCUUCUGGUGAAGGUUAGCGACCACGGUUAUCCAGAACCUCUCCAUUCCACCGUCAUGGUCAACCUCUUCGUCAAUGACACCGUGAGCAACGAGAGCUACAUCGAAAGCCUUCUGAGGAGAGAAUCCGACAUCAAUAUCGAGGAGAAGGAACCCCAAAUUUCCAUAGAGCCCACCCACCGGAGAGCAGAGGCCGUGUCCUGCAUGCCUACUUUGGUGACCCUCUCUAUAAUAAGCUUGAGUUCCAUCAGCCUAGUGACAGGUAUGGGGAUUUAUAUUUGCCUAAGGAAGGGGAAAAAAUACCACAGGGGGGAUGAGGGUUUGGAAGUUCAAAUCCCAUUAAAUGGGAGAAUUGACCUGCAUCGGCUAGAGAAGAAACCGGUGGAAAUUUCCAAUAUCUGAUGGUUUUUCACGGACCCUAUAGACACACCAAAAAAAGACCAACCAUGAUCUAUCUUCCUUCCCUAAACUCUGGAGUGGGUUUUCAACAGCGGGUGUGAUGGAAGACCGCUGGUUUGUAACUUACUUGUAAACAGCUGUUUAUAGGUUUUUAAGAAAAAAAAAAUGAAAGAAAAGAAAAAGAGAAAUUCAUUGUACAGAUGUUUUUUUUAAAAAAACAACAACGAACAAACAAACGAAAAGCUAGCAAACUGACUGUAUAGAUCUGUCACCUGCAUUUCUCGAUAAACCCAGUCAGUACGCGUAAAACCCAAAAGGUAAGAUGAUGACUUCCUUCGUUCAUUAAUUUUUUUUUGACCACAAGGGGGCAUUAUCACCCAUUUUUACAAAUCGAAAAGCUGUUGAAGAGAAAAAAAAAUUGAAAAGAUACAUUUUAAGAUGUAUUGUUGUCCCUCCUCCCCCAUCCUCUGCCGAGAGAAAGAAAAGUAUGAGUUUGAAGUGGAAUGCAUACAUGUUCCAUUAUACAUGUGUGAAAUCGUCAAGGGAGUGGGGGGGGAAACUGCACAGGUAAAUCAGAGAAAAAGUUUUUGUUAGUUCAGUCAAACUUUCAUAGAAUUUCUUGGAAGCCCAUCAUCGGAAGGUGAGCUUGUGCUGAGAAAUGAAAUGUUCACUUCUUUUGUCACUGCAGGCGACUAGCAAAAUUACUCUGGUGGCUGAUCCAUCAUCCCAAAAUGUUUUGAUCGAUAUUUCAUGGAGGCAGUUGAAAAAGGUGUUUCUAUCCAUAGGCACAUGGGACAGAGAAAGGGGUUACGUUAGCUGAUCGCCAGCCUAGCUGAAGUCUUUUCAUUAGCACUUAGCAAUAUUAGCACUUAUAUACCGCUUCACGGCGCUUUACAGCCCUCUCUAAGCGGUUUACGGAGUCAGCAUAUUGCUCCCAACAAUUUGGAUCCUCAUUUUACACACCUCAGGAGGACGGAAGGCUGAGUCCACCCCGAGCCUGGUGAGAAUCGAACUGCUGGCAAUCGGCAGUCACCCAAAUUAAGCCUGCAAUACUGCUUUCUAAGCACUGCGCCACCAUGGCUCUGUCGUUGAUGGACAAUCCCUCUGAAAUGUGCUCUGUGCCUUGGGGUUGCUUUAGUUACAUAUGAUUGGGGUGCGAUGGCCUAGAGGUAGAGCUCUGGCCUCACAAACAGGAAGCUGUGAGUUCGAUCCUAAGUAGAGGCAGAUAUUUCUCUCUCUGGGCACAAGGAGAAUAUAUCUGCUGAGGGGAAAAAUUCCGCAUUGGCAACAGGAAGGGCAUCCGGCCAGUAAAAACUCAGCUCCGUUCAGUUGCCCAGACUCCACCCUGCAAGGGAUUAUGGGGUCCUUAAAAGGGGAUUAUAAGUGUAUGUAGGGAUUAUGCCCCUGAGUAUUCCAAAAUGCAAUCAAUUUAUUCCUCCAUAUAUUUGCUGGUAGUUACACUACAUUCCAUGGGAUUUUUUUUCCCCUAUCAGAAGGAAGACUGUGUAGGGUUGUAUCCUAAAUACAGUAUCACAAGGAAAGUCUGAAAGACCAGUUGCAUUGCUGGAUGCUCUACUCCAUGAAAAUAGUGGACGUUAAUACAGACCCUGGGGAGUGAAUAUCUCUGCACGAGGAGAUCCCUGCACAGGACUGCAGUUCCAUCCGUUGCAAAUAAUGUAGGUCCUUCUGGCUAUGAGUUGGGUUUUUGAAUCCCUCCUUUCAGGAUCGGUAAGCAGCAAUCCACCCAUGACAUUGGGGCCUCUGGUGGCUCAGCAGACUAAGUCUGUCUGUUAUUAACACAGCUGCUUGCAAUUACUGCAAGUUCAAGUCCCACCAGGCCCAAGGUUGACUCAGCCUUCCAUCCUUUAUAAGGUAGGUAAAAUGAGGACCCAGAUUGUUGGGGGCAAUAAAAGUUGACUUUGUAUAUAAAUAUACAAAUAGGAUGAAGACUAUUGCUUAACACAGUGUAAGCCGCCCUGAGUCUUCGGAGAAGGGCGGGAUAUAAAUGCAACUAAAAAACAAACAAACAUUGAUUUGGGGGCGGUCCUGUUUUUGGACGAUGGGGCUGUUGUUCGACCUUGCCGAUCUGCUCCUACAUAUCAGUAGGAAGAUGCAAAAGAGAAAGCAGAGUUUCAGCUCAGCAGCCGAACUGCUGUUUUGACUCUUUUUUUUUUUAACAAUACACCCCCUGGCAGAUGUCCCCAAGUUCAGACAAAUCCAUAGAAAAGAUAGUGCAAAAAAUAUAUAUACGAGAAAUUUUGAGAGAAGGGGGGUGUUUUUGGUUCUUUUUUUGCAGAGACUUAUUUAUUGACUUUUUU